AUGUUCAAUCCCGUGCCUGCGGAUGAUAAACGAUUCCACUGGCCGCGUCAAUGUGUCUGGUUGAAGCUUAACGGAUCUUGGCCAUUGAAGUCGGCCAAAGAUUUUCAAAGCGAACUUGAUGCCACAGAAAGUUAUUCGACGUUUCUGUAUAGUCUCUGGUCAUGGUACGUUAUACUGUCGGUGGGCGUAACUAUCGUUUAUCAAACCGCUUUUCUAAUAACAAAUUUCGGGGAUAUUAUGAUGACAACUGAGAAUUGUUGCACCACAUUUAUGGGUGCCUUGAAUUUCGUGCGGCUCUUGCAUAUGCGCUUAAAUCAAAAUCAAUUUCGUCGAGUCAUCGAACAAUUUGUCAACAAUAUCUGGAUUAAUAGAGAACAUCAUCCUCAAGUGGCCCACGAAUGCGAAAAUCGUAUGAGCACUUUUCGCGUAAUGACCAUUUUAUUAAGUUGCCUUAUCGCUAUGUACUGUUUAUUGCCAUUAAUAAUAUUAUUUGUGGACGUAGGCUGGAAUGCACCUGAGAAACCUUUUCCUUACAAAAUGUUAUUUCCCUAUGAUGCUCAUCAUGGCUGGCGUUAUGCGUUUACUUAUGCUUUCACUUCGUAUGCUGGCAUUUGUGUGGUCACUACAUUGUUCGCUGAAGACUCGAUAUUUGGAUUUUUCGUUACUUACACUUGCGGCAAGUUUCGUCUAUUGCAUCAACGUAUAGAUAACAUAAUAUCAGACUCAAAUGAAUUGAUCAGGAAACGUCAAAACGAUAACGACAUCCAACGAAUUUGUGAAAAGAAAUUGAAUGAAAUUGCUUACGAUCAUAAUAAACUUAUAGAAUUUUCAAAUCGUUUGGAGCACUUUUUCAAUCCGAUUUUAUUAGUAAAUUUUCUAAUAUCGUCGGUAUUAAUUUGCAUGGUGGGUUUUCAAUUGGUUACUGGUCAAGACAUGUUUAUUGGAGAUUAUGUUAAAUUCAUUGUUUAUAUAUCGUCCAGUCUAUCGCAGCUCUAUAUACUUUGUUGGAAUGGUGACGAUUUGAUACAGCAUUCGACUGAAACCGCCAAGCAUUUGUAUGGCUGUAAUUGGGAGGGCGUAACUCUAAAUAUACAAAAUGCAAAGAGACUCCCUAAUUGGCAUCGAGUGGAAGUAUUUCAUUUAACGUCGAUCCAUCCGACUAACAAAGAAUUUAGGCAAAAUUUACAAAUAAUGAUUUUGUGCAGCCAACGGCCAGUGAAGAUAACGGCUUUAAAAUUUUCUAUAUUAUCUUUACAAAGCUUCACAGCGAUUUUAAGCACCUCAAUGAGUUAUUUCACUUUAUUGCAAACAGUUUACAAUGCAGAUCAAGAGGAAGAUCAUAGUAAUAAUUCAUAAAUUUUUUCUUAUUAGAGUUAAC